UUUGUGCUUUUCAAAUUUAGCUGCACAGGCUCACCCGGAAAUCAUAAUUAUGAUGAUUUAAAUCACAUUUCCCUGAAUGCAGGUGAUAUUGUUUUUAAAGGAAAAGGAAAAGAAUCCCUGGUAGCUUGACUCAAGACUGAGGUCCAAAUUGUUUUAUUCAAGAUUAAACUCUUCCGUGCCUGGAGGCUUCCAGUCCACCUGCCAGGAGAGAACAUGGCCGACAGAGCAUCGCAGGAAGUGUAUAGGGUUUCCAUAGCAACCUAGCAGCCAAAGAAGCACUAAGAAGAAAGGAAGGGAGAGGAAAAGAGAAGAGCUGUGAGAUUUUGGGGAAACCCUGGACCAUGCCUGCUGCUGUCACCUCCCAAAAAGAGCGGCCAAAAAAGCCGAAGUGCAAAACCAUUCACGAGGCCGUCAAAACUGGGAACAUCAAACAACUGGAUGAAAUGGUGACCUUCGGCGUCAGCAUCAAUGAGGUGGAUCCAGUCUAUAAGUUCACCCCACUGCACUGGGCAGCCCAUUCUGGGAGUUUGGAGUGUCUCCAUUGGCUUCUCUGGCAUGGAGCUGAUCAGACUGCGGUGACUGUAAGAGGCUGGACCGCAGCUCAUUUGGCCGCAAUUCGAGGCCAGGAUGCCUGCAUGCAGGCCCUUAAUCUCAAUGCUGUGAAUCUACGAGUCCCAGAUGACUUAGGAUGUACUCCAGCACAUCUUGCAGCGACCCACGGACACUCAUUCACCUUACAAACCAUACUCCGGAGCGGAGUGGAUGUCAACGCUUCUGACAAGAAUGAUUGGAAACCUAUACACAAUGCUGCUUUCUACGGCCGGCUAGGCUGCCUCCAGCUUCUUGUCCGAUGGGGAGCUACUUUAGACGAUGCGGAUAAAGAUGGAAACCUUCCAGUUCAUCUGGCAGCCAUGGAAGGCCACCUGCACUGCUUUAAAUAUUUGGUGAGCAAAAUGCCCACGUUGGUCCACUCCUUGAAAGCCCGGAAUGACCACGGUGAGACCCCACGGGAUCUGGCUGAAAGGUUCUACAAGGAAAACAUCCUGGUAUAUGUGGACAGUCUGGAGGAGGAGGAAGAGUCAUUGGACGAGGAAGAAAAUUUAAGCUUUCCGGGGCAUGAUUCUGCCUUCAGAGGGGACCUGGACACCUUAAGAAUGCUACUAGAAAAUAAAAUCAUCAGCGUGAACGAACGAGAUGAUCGAGGAUCAACCCUCCUGCACAAAGCGGCUGGACAAGGUCAUUUGCAUAUCUUAGAGUGGCUGAUUAACAGGGAAGCCGACUGCAAUAUUGCCAACGAUGCUGGGGAAACGCCCAAGGACGUUGCAAAGAGGUUUGCCCAGCUGGCUGUUGUGGCGUAUCUGAAAAACAAGAUGGGAAAUGAUUCCGAUUUGGAAAUCGACAUAAAAGAUCCAACGUAUUUUGAACAUCACGGUGUGGAAGGGAGUACGGACAGCAAAGGAGACCUGAAGGAAAAAAAGCAAGAGAAAAUCGACGCUCGUGAAAGAGCCUACCAGAAAGUGGAAGAAUUGCAAGGUCUCCUAGAAAUGGCCCUCAGCAACUUCAAGCAGCUUGGAGGCAUCACUCCCCAGGAAAGGCAGGCCAAGCUUGAUGAGAAAAGGCUAGAAAGGAUCAUCUCUGAGCUGAACAUGCAGCUGGAAUAUGAGCAGAUGCGACGGGAGAAGUUGGAAGCUCAACUGGACGAAGCCCGAGCAGAAAUAGGGAAACUCAGAGAGCUACAAGAAAAAAACGAGAUGCCUUCAGCCCAUAAGCUCUCUGUGGAGUCACUGGAGUUCCCAAAAGAAGAGCCUGACGUGGACACAGCCGCCUCCGAUUUGCCUAAAGUGAGUUUUGACACCAAGAAAGAGAAGAAAAUGAAGAAAAAGCCUCUCUUCGGCCCUGGGGGUGUGAUUGUAAAAAGAUUCUAAGAAAAGCAAGUAGUAAACAAGUAGUAAACAAAAGUAAGCAUUUUACUCAAAGGAAAAUUAAAUUCAGUUGCCUUCCCGUACAAUCCUAAGCACAAAAAUAGGUUAACUAACAAUGUCACCUCCUUAACUAGUCGAAGCACAUCUGUUUGUGGCAUCAUAAAUAUAUUGCUUUGCCAGAUGCUGAAUUUGAAGGGAAAGGGGUAAUGUAUAACCUGUCCAUAUGCAUGGGUCCACCUGUCAGAACUCAAGUUACAUCUAAGUUUGCACAGCUUUUGAUUUAAAGAGGCGCUUUAUAGGACCCGUAGCCUAAAUCUCCUUUCUCCUUCAAAUCCAGAUUAACCCAGACUUGUCGAACAUCAGUUUUGUGCAACCUUUUAAAUGUGAAACAUUGCAGCCCUCGGAAUGAAAUUCUAGCAAUUUUGGGGAUCAUGGGUUUAACCCGUUUUGGGGUUCCUGAAAUUUGGAAAGGCUGCCUCUGAACCGGGUUGCCAUUACGGAUAAGGGUUUUAAAAUGCACCGCUAAUUACAACACACUGGCUUGUCAUUAAAGACUAAUAUUUCUAAUUUUUUUAAAAAAUAUCUGCUUAUGUUGCCCCUUAGCCAAGGCUCAAUGAAAUUUCUGCUGUACCAUGAGGAUGUUAAUAAACUGAACACUUUAAUAUGA